AUGAAACAGGAGUACCAGGAUCUGGUCCUGCAGGCGUGUGGUGCCUCGUCCCUGCGUGUGGGGGCAACAAUCCAGAGCCUGUGGAGUGGUUACGGGCAGAUCGUCCGGCUGCACUUGCAGGGCUGCGACCGUCCCUCUGUGGUGGUGAAGCAUGUGAAGUUUCCAGACGGCGCUGAGCAUCCUGGAGGCUGCAACACAGACCGCUCCCACGCGCGGAAGGUGAGAUCGUAUCACGUGGAGACGCACUGGUACCAGAACUACUCCACCAAUCAGAGCUGCCGCAUCCCAGAAUGCCUGGCUGCCUCCUCACAUGGAGACGAGAUGCUGAUCGUGCUGGAGGAUCUGGAUGUAGCUGGUUACGAUCAAAGGAGAGCGAGUGUGACGGACCGGGAGCUGAGGACCUGCCUCCGCUGGCUCGCCAACUUCCAUGCGCUGUUCCUGGGUGUGGCGCCAGAGGGGCUGUGGCCCGUGGGCACCUACUGGCACCUGGACACGCGUCCAGAUGAGCUGGAGGCCGUGGAGGACGCCAGACUCAAGGCAGCAGCCGGCGACAUCGACCGGGUACUCAGCGAGUGCCGCUUCAAGACCGUGGUUCACGGCGACGCCAAGUUGGCCAACUUCUGCUUCUCCACGGCCGGACAGGACGUGGCGGCGGUGGACUUCCAGUACGUUGGCGGCGGCUGUGGGAUGAAGGACGUGGUGUAUUUUUUAGGGAGCUGCAUGGAGGAAAAGCAGUGUGAAAAGAGGGUCCCGGCGCUACUGGACCACUACUUCACUGAACUGAAGUCAUGUGUGAAGAGGGACGUGGACUUCGCGGCCCUGGAGACAGAGUGGAGGGAGAUGUUUGCCUUCGCAUGGACGGACUUCCACCGCUUCCUGCUGGGCUGGAUGCCCGGACACUGGAAGGUCAACCGCUACAGUAAACACUUGACCGAGGAGGUUCUGCACAAACUGAAACACAUGUGAUUAGAUGCGAGCAUGUGGGUGAAAGAGGAACUGCACAUUCAUCUGCACAACCAUCUAUUAUCUAUGUUAUUUAGUUUAAUUAGAGGAGACACUUCAUGUUUAAAUCUUUAUUAGACCUCUUAAAGCUCUGUUAUACCCUGAAUGAAUAAAGAAUGUCUGACUUCACUCCAGGACAUCUUCAAGUUGAAUACUGACACACUGGACUUAACAUACAUAACACAUUUACCACAGAACCCGCGUUCUCGCGCCGCUCAUUACUGAAAAUAGACUGCACCACUUUCAGCUGGAGCUAAUGUCAUGAGAGCAUUAACAGGCUACUUUGUUUAAAUCUGCUGUCAACAACCUUGAACAAACUCAACACAACGAUAACUAAGACACAGUUCACACAUUUAGAACAUAAAUGGAGUUUUCAAACCUGUAAUGGGAUUAAAUGGAAAGAGGGAAAACCUCUUACCUGACUGACCUUCGAAUCAGUUUAGAUCUUUCUGUUGGUUUGCAUCACAAGUCCUUAGUUUUUCUUUUAACGUAUUAACGUAAAAUAUUUAUCGUUUUCUUACAUAUAUGAAUGAAAAGUGUUGUGCUAUUUUUAUACUUUACAUGUACAUUUCACUAUUCCACUAUUGUUAAACCCUGUUCUUUCACUUCUGCUACUGAAUUCAGUGUCUCUUACUGUACUUUCAUGAUUGCGAAGCCUGACCCGACCCAUGACUGUGUCUUACUGUACAAAGCCUGUGUAAAAACUUGGUAAAUGUCCAUAAAAGGAUUUAUAUAAAAUAGAGCAGGAUAAAUUAACAGCUGUUCUUUAAUACAGUAAUCACUUUAUACAAUAUGUUAAGGGAUUAAUGCUGCACAAUUAAACAGUCAUUGGUUUAUAUAAUGUAUUAAGUGUUUAAUAACUUUGUGCAGCCUUGACUUAACUGAGGAGGUGUGUGUCGUAUUCGUACAUUAUUUUUAAUGUGACACAACUCAGGAAGCUUAAAUUUGCAUGAAUUCACAGAUGGUGGUGUGACUCUUGUGCUCUUGUGAAGCAUAAACAGGACAGAGGCUCUGAGAAAACAGUAAUGCUGGCUUAUCACCUAAAAGAACAUUUCACUGGUUUUCAGUGUGUAUUUCCUGUGUCACUACAACGUUCAAACUCAGGGAUCGACAGUGAUGGGUUAUAAAGCGCUGAUGAUUCUGAGGAUGAGACGCCGAAAGCAUAUAAUGAAGCAUGUUCUCUGCCCUCACCUUGUUAAAACUGCAACAGGAAGUAGACAAAUAAAUUGUGUUUACAUGAACGGUACAUGAAAUGCAUUUAUUAAUAAAACACUUCCCAUGAUUUCAUAAAUUUCUUAUAUCGUUGAGAAAUUAACCUUUUUGUCUUUAGGACUUUAGAAAGUGUUGUCUUGCUGUAACUAGUUUUUAGUUGUGUAGGCCACUUCCUCAGCAAAUCUAUCAUGUUCUCUAAACCACUAAGCUACUGCAAAUAAACUUUGCACAGUAUCAGUUCUGCUUGAACACUAAAAAUAUGCACCGUUCUAACAAAGAAAUCAAAUAAAGACAGGUUGUGAUGGGUGA